CGCCUGUCGCUUUUUGAACUCCACUGCCACUGCCACUGGUGCGUUGCUAUUACCACUACCAGCUAGGUGGCUCGUUUAAUUUAUUGUCGAAUGCAAAACAUCGAAUCUACCUCAUCAUAUCUCUCCCUUCAGGCCUUCUUCUGUUGCUUGUACUUGUACCUUUCCCACCUUUUAAUCCCUCUUUCGCUUCUCGACUUCAGCCCUCUUCGUGGCCGCCGGACGAAAUUGGGUCUACCGUGUUAAUAUGGAAUGUUAGUUGACACUUAAUCACCACCAAACGCGACCAUCUCGCACACUUCUUCUCAGGGCGGUUUGUUCCCUUUUCCAACAUGUCGACCUUUCUGGUGGGCAAUAUCACCACCAACUAUGACCGCAGCCGCCGGAUGGCUGGUGCCUCUCCUGACGACCCAGCAGCCGACUAUCCAUACCUCGACAAGACUCAUUCAUCGACAGGAGGCCCCGUCGGAGGAGACAACCAAGAUGAAAACAAAGAAGUCCGCGACCUCGCUCGACAGUAUUCCCGUGCCUCGACAGAACCGGGCUACCAUCCCUUCGAUGCAGCCGUGGCCGAUUCAGAGGUCGAUCCGAAUUCCGACAACUUCAAUGGCCGUGCAUGGACCAAAGCAAUGUUGAAACUCCAGAAAAUGUCCGGCCAGGAAAAUGUCGGUCGCAAAGCUGGUUUCGCUUUUCGAAAUCUCUCCGCCUUUGGCUACUCCAAAGGAAGUGACUUCCAGAAGACUGUCAACAAUUAUAUUCUUGCCGGGGCUGAUUUUGCGAGAGGUCUCAUUGGCAACAAGGGCCGCCGUGUCGACAUCUUGCGCAACUUUGAAGGCGUCGUGCAACCGGGUGAAAUGCUUGUUGUUCUGGGUCCCCCCGGAUCCGGCUGUUCUACUUUCCUGAAGACAAUUGCUGGUGAAACCCAUGGCUUUGCCCUUAGCGACGACACAUAUAUGAACUAUCAAGGUACCUCGCCGUCUCUUGUCGGGUCAUCCUCCAUCUAACCAAGAUCCUUCAGGCAUCAGCUACAAGAAAAUGCACCACGACUUUCGAGGAGAAGCCAUCUAUACAGCUGAACAGGAUAUCCAUUUUCCCAUGCUCACUGUCGGCGAUACAUUAUUAUUCGCAUCACGGGCCCGCACGCCACAGAACCUGAAAUUGCCUGAGGGAGUGACCAAGCACAUGUACGCAGCCCAUCUUCGAGACGUGGUGAUGGCUACAUUCGGCAUUCGACAUACCAUCAACACGAAGGUGGGAAAUGAUUUCGUCCGCGGCGUCAGUGGUGGCGAGAGAAAACGAGUUUCCAUUGCAGAGGCCACCCUCAAUGGCUCACCGUUACAAUGUUGGGAUAACAGUACGAGAGGUCUGGAUUCGGCCAACGCCAUCGAAUUCUGCAAGACCCUUCGAACAUCAACAGACCUGAAUGAAACAACAGCAGCCGUCGCCAUCUACCAAGCCCCUCAAAGUGCCUACGAUUACUUCGACAAAGUCAUUGUGCUCUACCAGGGCCGCCAGAUAUAUUUUGGCCGCACAACGGAUGCUCGACGCUACUUUGAAGAGAUGGGCUUCGAGUGUCCAAAGCGCCAGACAGACCCCGACUUUCUCACAUCAAUGACAAAUCCGAUCGAGCGUGUCGUCAAGAAAGGCUGGGAGUCAAAAGUGCCACGAACUCCUGACGAAUUUGCGGAGCGCUGGCAGAAUAGCGAAGCGCGCCAGAAACUCCUGGCAGAAAUCGAAGAAUUUGAGGCGGCAAAUCCCAUCGGUGGGCCAAACUUCCACGCAUUUCAACAGUCUCGACGUAUCCAGCAGUCCAAGGCUCAGCGCAAGUCAUCUCCCUACACUUUGUCAUACUCGGGCCAGAUCUCUCUAUGCUUAUGGCGAGGCUUCAAGCGCCUCAAGGACGAUCCUUCCAUUACCCUGACCCAGUUAUUCGGCAACUGCAUCAAUGCGCUUGUCGUAUCUUCACUUUUCUACAACCUAGCGGCAAAUAGCGACUCGCUUCGCGCGCGAGCCUCACUCAUUUUCUUUGCUGUGCUUCUCAAUGCUUUUGGAAGUGCACUGGAAAUCCUCACGCUUUACGCACAGAGACCGAUCGUCGAAAAACAUACCCGUUACGCGCUCUAUCAUCCUUCAGCUGAGGCAUUUGCAUCAAUGCUGACAGACAUACCGGCGAAAACACUCAACGCCAUUGGAUUCAACCUGAUUCUGUACUUUAUGACAAACCUGCGGCGGGAACCUGGCGCCUUUUUCUUCUUCUUGUUCACCUCUUACGUCCUCACUCUCACCAUGAGCAUGCUGUUCCGUUGUAUCGCUUCGGUGUCAAGGUCUUUGAUUCAAGCUUUGGUGCCAACAGCUGUGCUAAUGAUUGCCAUUGUCGUCUACACUGGCUUCGUUAUACCUGUCAGCUAUAUGCAUGGGUGGGCACGAUGGAUCAAUUACAUCAAUCCUACGGCAUAUGGCUUUGAAGCCCUUAUGGUGAACGAGUACAGCCAUCGAAGUUAUCCCUGCUCCACCUUCAUACCCCCAGCGCCUCAGUUCGGCGAUGGCUCAACAACACGUCAGAUCUGCGCUGUCGUUGGCGCUGUUGCCGGUCAAACCCAGAUCGAUGGCGACGCCUACAUCAAUAUCUCGUACGGAUACUACAGGUCGCAUAAGUGGCGAGACAUUGGAAUCCUCUUUGGGUUCAUGAUCUUUCUCCUUGGGGUAUAUCUCGUUGCCACUGAAACUAUUUCGGCCAAAAAGUCCAAGGGUGAAGUCCUGCUGUUCCGUCGAGGUCACAAACCAGCCUUCUUGAAGGAAAAGACUGCGGAUACCGAAUCAGGCAAUUUUGACACAGCUGUUGCACUCGAGCGGCAACAAACCAAAGAUGAACAGUUGCAGCGCCAAGUUUCAGCCGUCAUUCAAAAGCAAACCUCCAUCUUCCAGUGGAGAAAUGUAUGUUACGAUAUCAAAAUCAAGGGUCAACCUCGCCGAAUUCUUGACCACGUCGAUGGCUGGGUCAAACCGGGCACGAUGACCGCGCUGAUGGGCGUUUCUGGCGCAGGCAAAACCUCUUUGCUCGAUUGUCUGGCAACUCGAGUCACAAUGGGUGUCAUUACCGGCGAGAUGCUUGUAGAUGGAAGGCAGCGUGACGAGUCAUUCCAGCGCAAGACUGGCUACGUCCAGCAACAGGACUUGCACCUUCAAACAUCGACAGUGCGUGAGGCACUGCGGUUUAGUGCUUUGUUGAGACAACCAAGAGACACACCACGAGCCGAGAAGAUUGCAUAUGUCGAAGAAGUGAUUAAGUUGCUUGACAUGCAAGAGUACGCUGACGCCGUGGUUGGUGUCCCAGGUGAAGGUCUUAACGUUGAGCAGCGUAAGCGUUUGACUAUUGGUGUCGAGCUCGCUGCCCGACCCCAACUACUCUUGUUUCUUGACGAGCCUACAUCUGGUCUUGACUCUCAGACAUCCUGGUCCAUUCUCAAUCUUCUCGAAAAGCUUACCCAUGCCGGGCAAGCCAUUCUUUGUACGAUCCAUCAACCGUCGGCAAUUCUGUUUCAGCGUUUCGAUCGACUUUUGCUUCUAGCCGCUGGGGGCAAGACCGUGUAUUUUGGCCCUGUAGGUCGAGAUUCGGAUAUCUUGAUCGAUUACUUCCAGAGGAACGGAGCGCCACAAUGCCCCCCUGGAGCCAACCCUGCCGAAUAUAUGCUCGAAGCCAUCGGAGCUGCUCCAGGAUCGCAUUCCGAUGUCGAUUGGUUCGAGACCUGGCGGAACUCGCCCGAGUAUCAAGAAGUGCAACGCGAACUUGACGAGAUGAAGGAGGAGAGAUCGCAAAUCGAAAGACCUGCCACAGCCAACAAGAGUGACUACUUUGAAUUUGCCGCUCCUUUCGGCGUGCAAUUCUGGGAAACACAGAGACGUGUCUUUGAGCAAUACUGGCGGACACCCGAGUACAUCUACUCGAAAUUGAUCUUGUGCGCCUUGACUGGUCUGUUCAUCGGCUUCUCACUCUUCAACGCUCCAAACACCCAACAAGGUCUUAACAACCAGCUCUUCGGUAUCUUCAUGCUGCUCGUUCUGUUCUCACAGCUUGUUCAACAAAUCAUGCCGCUUUUCGUCACCCAACGAAGCUUGUACGAAGCUCGGGAGCGUCCUUCAAAGACAUACUCCUGGAAAUCAUUCAUGCUGUCGAAUAUCGUGGUGGAACUUCCUUGGGCCACUCUAGGCGCCGUGGUGCUGUUCUUCUGCUGGUAUUACCCUAUCGGUCUGUACAACAACGCUGCGUACACCAAUUCAGUCACCUCGCGUGGUGGCCUGGAAUUCCUGUUUGUGUGGGAAUUCCUCAUGUUCAGCAGUACCUUCGCACACAUGAUGAUUGCAGGUAUCGCUACGGCAGAAGCUGCAUCCAACCUGGCCAACGUGCUAUUCUCGCUGUGCCUGUUAUUCAACGGUGUCUUGGUCGGUCCCAAUGCUAUGCCUGGCUUCUGGAUAUUCAUGUACAGGGUCUCGCCUUUCACCUAUCUCGUCGAGGGGCUCUUGGGCAACGGCGUCGCUCACGCGCCGGUACAUUGUGCGGACAACGAAUUCCUGCACUUCAGUGCACCAUCCGGCUCGACUUGCGCAGAGUAUCUGCGACCCUACAUCCAAGCCGCUGGUGGAUAUUUGGUUGACCCCGACGCCACGCAGUGCCAGUUCUGCUCGUUAGACAACACCGACACUUUCUUGUCAAUGGUGAGCAUUUCAUUCGCACAUAGAUGGAGGGAUUUUGGAAUCUUGUUUGUGUACAUUAUAUUCAAUGUUUUCGCCGCUGUGUUCAUUUACUGGUUGGCAAGGGUGCCCAAGGGCAAGAAAUACGCCGGCAAAGACGAGCAGAAAGGAUUGCUCAAGACCGAAAGUCGUGCAUCAGGAGCGGCAGAGGUUAGUAGGGUGUCCGGAAAGGGCAUCUCCACGGACAGCUCGACAAAUGGACAAUCUACUCCCGCACAGGCGAGAGCGAACGAGGACGGCGCCGCUGCGGCUGCAGCACCGGAAAUCACAGAGAAGGAGCCCGUUGUGCCGGAGUCUGUGCCGGCCAAGGAAGACCGGCCCGUUGCAUCACAGUCCGUCCUCGAAAAGGAGAAGGAGCCGAUUCAGGAACCGAUCCAGCAAUCGACGCCAGAAGUAAUAGGAACGACGGACGGUGGACAGAAAGAUGAAGCUGGCACAGCAACAACGGAUAGACCGGGGCCAGAACGAUUUGUCACAGCUCACGAAUUUUGAGUGACGAUGUGGGCAUAAUUAUCAUGGAAGCGAGGUGUACGAUAUGCAGAGACCAGAAUCAUAGACCAUCGUCCUCUGUGGGAAAAACUUGAGAUGGACUUUCAGACCAUGUAUUGGAGGAAUUAAUUACAUCCUCGAGAGAUGCGUUUGUGCCUCUCUUGACAUAUAUUUCGAGACGAAGCAUAUCCGCUAAAAGAGACAUGGCGAGCUCCUUGGAGCCGUCAAUAGUCAUUGACAAUA